AUGCCUGCAGAACUCCUCACACUACCGAACAACGCCGGAAUGCUCAGGACAACGCUCAAAGACAAUACGGUAUUAUCGGAUGUUGCAACACACAAGAAGGAUCUGAUCAAUGAUGCCCAACGACUCCGACCUGAACAUACAUGUCACCUCAUUCUGCCAGAAAACUCCGAACAGCUCUUCCAGCAAUGUCGAGGUGCAGGAUUCAACGUUCACUUCACUCUGAAAUGGGAUGAUGAUAUCAAAUGGUUGAUUAGAGUACGACAGGGUCGAGGACAUCGAAUUCCUCUUGAGGUACGAGAAGCUGAUAUCAAUAGCGAAGUUGCCACUUUGCAAAGAUUGAGAGCAGGUGGGAUCUCUGUGCCGGAGGCUUGGCUACCUGGGUAUCUGGAUGGUUGCAAUGAUGGUAUGCCAACAAUAUCGCCUUUCCCAUUCGACUACUUCUACACUCUCCUGCAAGGUCGACCUUGGCCGAUUCGGAAAACCCCUUUCUAUCCUAUGCGCUUACCAGAGGAGGGUAUCAAAAACACAUCGACAGGUUGA